CGGCCGCAGUGUCCCUGCCGGGGCUCCGUCCGUAGCCGGGUGGUUGUUGUGACUGAGGGGCGCGGGCGGGUGAGUGUCUGCGGGCCUGGCCCGAGCCCGGCUUCUGAGCGCCCUGGGCGUUGUAGCUCCUGGACUGGUGUGCCUUCCUGUUUCAACUUCGGCCUCCGUGGUGGUUCAGACAGCUGUGAAGAAUGACGUCGAGAGGUGCUGGGACUGCCUUUUCCCGGAGGAACUACAGGCUAAGCAAUGAGUCUGAGAAGCCCAAGGUCACAGGGAUAGUGAACAGCAAGCUGCUGAAUGACUAUCUGCACCGCAUCUUUCCCAGUGCUGAUGGGAUCCAGCCUGCAGCUGCUUACAGGAAGCCACUGACAUUCCAGAACCUGCAGGAGCACCUCGACAAAUUGCUGGCAGAGGACAGUGGUGCGGAGGACAGUCGAGAUCAGAUAUUAGAGGGGCGACUUGGUCCCUCUACUGUGGUGUUGGACCACAUCAGUGGUUUUGAGGGACUCCUCCUGGUUGAUGAUGACCUACUUGGGGUGAUUGGCCACAGCAACUUUGGCUCCAUCAGGGCCACAACCUGCGUGUAUAAAGGGAAAUGGAUCUACGAGGUGCUCAUCUCCUCCCAAGGGCUCAUGCAGAUUGGCUGGUGCACUCUCAACUGCAGGUUUAAUCAGGAGGAGGGGGUUGGGGACACUCCGGAUUCGUAUGCAUAUGAUGGAAACAGGGUGCGCAAGUGGAAUGUCACCACCACCAACUAUGGUAAAUCCUGGGCGGCAGGAGACAUCGUCAGCUGUCUGAUAGACCUGGAUGAGGGGACCAUUGCUUUCUGCCUGAAUGGUGUGUCUCUGGGAACAGCUUUCGAUAACAUCACCAGGGGAGCUGGCAUGGCGUAUUUCCCCGCUAUCAGCCUCUCCUUUAAAGAAUCAGUCGCUUUUAACUUCGGCAGCCGCCCACUCCGUUAUCCGGUGGAGGGAUAUCGCCCCCUGCAGGACCCGCCCAGCAUGGACCUGGUGGAAGCUCACAAGCUGUUGGGCUAUCUGAAGAAUGUUAUUCACAUUGGGAUAGACAUGUUGGAGGGGAAGUUGGUGGAGAAGGACACGUCGAUGUGGCAGCUGCAAGGAGAGCCCACAGUGCUGAUCACCCUGGCACACAUCUUUAACCACUUUGCCCCUCUCAUGUGCAAAGUGUACCUGGUGGAAGAUGUGCUCAUGAACUUCCUGCUGAGCAUUCUGGAGCAGGGAGGCGCUGUGGAAGCACAUCCUCUCAUCCAGCAGCUACUGGAUCUCAUGUGGCUUCUCAUGGAGGAUUACGAGGUGCAUGAAUGCCUCAAGCAGCUGCUGAUGUCCCUGCUCCGGGCUUACAGGUUCUCUCCCAUCAUCCCAGACCUGGGUUUACAGAUCCAUUACCUCCGGCUCACCAUUGCAGUCCUGAAGCACGAGAAGUCCAGGAAAUAUCUGCUCAACAAUGUCCUCUUCGACAUACUCCGCUCAGUGGUGUUCUUCUACAUCAAGAGCCCCCUGCGUGUGGAGGAGGCUGGCCUGCAGGAGCUCAUCCCCACCACCUGGUGGCCAAACCGCUUCACCAAAGAGGGCAAGGAAAGCAAGGAGGUGAAGGAGGAGAGUGCUGAGGAGAGGCUGCGCCGGCGGGCAUAUGACAGAGGCUGCCAGCGGCUCAAAAAACGCAUUGAAGUGGUGGAAGAACUCCAGGUUCAGAUCCUGAAGCUGCUUCUGAACAACAAAGACCGAGGAGGGGGGGAAGCCUCCAGAUACAUCUUCUUGAACAAAUUCCGCAAGUUCCUUCAGGAAAAUGCUAGCAACCGAGGGAACCUGACUGUACUGUGCCCGCCAGAAUACAUGGUCUGCUUCCUGCAUCGACUCAUCUCCACCUUGCGCUGCUACUGGGACGGGCACAAGGCCAAGGCUCCUGCAGCCCUGAACAGUGAGGAGGCAUAUGUUCCUCCUCAGCUCUUCUAUAAUGGGAAGGUGGAUUACUUUGACCUGCAGCGACUUGGUGGACUCCUGUCUCAUCUCAAGAAGACUCUGAAAGAUGACCUGGCUUUGAAAGCAAAUAUCCUGAUUGAUCCUGCGGAGCUGCAGGCUGUGACCAUGGACGACCUGGAUGAGGAUGAGGAGUCUGCAACGUCCACAGCCCAGCGCCCAGUUGCAGCACUGGCCAUUGGUGGUGCCCUUGCCAGGCCCAGUUGGCUCAGCUCACCCACCCUGGGCCGUGCCAACCGCUUCCUCAGUACAGCUGCCGUCAGCCUGAUGAACCCGCGGCGGUCCCUGGGAACCCUGGAGAAGAUGAAAGCACGCAUGCUGAGUGUGGAGCAGCGGACAGAGGAUGACAGAGCUGCAGGAGAGCCGGGGUGCGUCCGUGCGCUGGUCAUGGCAGCGCUGGUCACGGCAGCGCUGGUCCUGGUGCAGGCAGUCUGGGCUGGUGAAGUCUCUCCUGAAGCAGUAGAAGGCAGCCAUGGAAAUGAGGGUCUGUUACUGGGGAGACCCCCCGAGGAGCCGGAGCAGUCAAUCACUGAGAACUCCCUUCUGGAGAUCCUGGAUGGAAUAGUGAUGAUGUACAACCUCAGCGUCCACCAGCAGCUUGGUAAGAUGGUGGGUGUGUCCGAUGAUGUAAACGAAUAUGCCCUGGCACUGAAGGACACAGAGGAGAAGAUUAGCCGAUGUCCAAAGAGGAGGAGGGACAUCUAUGAGGAGCUGGUGAAAAGCCAGAAGGUUUUCUCAGAGAAACUUAACCACCUGAGUCGCCGGCUAGCCUGGAUCAACGUCACCAUCUACUCCAAGGAGAAGAUGCAGGACAUAUACUGGUUGCUGCGAGUGUGCAUCCGCACCAUUGAGCACGGGGACAGGACGGGCUCGCUCUUCGCCUUCAUGCCGGAGUUCUACCUCAGUGUGGCCAUGAACAGCUACAGCGCGCUGAAGAACUACUUCAGCCCUGUCCAUAGCAUGGAGGAGCUACCCGGCUAUGAAGAGACUCUGACGCGUCUUGCUGCCAUCCUGGCCAAGCACUUUGCUGACUCCAGGAUCGUCGGCACUGACAUCCGGGACUCUCUGAUGCAGGCGCUGGCCAGCUACGUCUGCUACCCACACUCGCUGCGGGCCGUGGAGAGGAUCCCAGAGGAACAGCGAAUAUCCAUGAUGAGGAACCUGCUGGCUCCCUACGAGCAGCGGCCAUGGGCGCAGACCAACUGGAUCCUUGUUCGGCUGUGGCGGGGCUGUGGGUUUGGAUACAGGUACACGCGGCUCCCGCACCUGCUGAAAACCAAGCCCGAGGAUGCCAAUCUCCCCAGCCUGCAGAAGCCGUGCCCCUCCACCCUUCUGCAGCGGCAUAUGGCCGAUCUGCUGUGCAGUGACUGCGACAUGGCACCCAGCUUCCUCAACAGCGUCCUCAACCAGCUCAACUGGGCCUUCUCGGAGUUCAUUGGCAUGAUCCAGGAGAUCCAGCAGGCAGCAGAGCGCCUGGAGAGGAACUUUGUGGACAGCCGUCAGCUGAAGGUGUGCGCGACGUGCUUCGACUUGUCCGUGAGCCUGCUCAGGGUGCUGGAAAUGACCGUCACACUGGCCCCCGAGAUUUUCCUCGACUGGAGCCGCCCCUCCUCGGAGCUGCUGCUCAGGAGACUUGCCCAGCUGUUGAACCAGGUGCUGAAUCGGGUGACAGCCGAGCGGAACCUGUUCGACAGAGUGGUCAACCUCCGGCUGCCAGGGCUAGAGAGCGUGGAUCAUUAUCCAAUCCUUGUGGCUGUGACGGGGAUUCUGGUCCGACUCCUCAUGGACACUGACUUCCAAGGGGCCAAGCGUGCGACAGCUGUGCUCCUGGCAGACCCCUGCUUCCAGCUCUGCUCCAUCCAGUACCUGCUGGGCCAUGCAGAGCCAUCAGCACUGGCAGCCACGCCUCCCUCUGCAGACAAGAGACAUUUCUCCCUGCACACCUACACCGACUACAUCAGCCAGGAGGAGCUGGCCAAAGUGGAGCGGAUGCUGGGCCACCUGAGUGAAGAGUCCAAGCAGGCAGCUGCCUCCAUGCUGCCUACCAGUGAGGAGGACCUGUGCCCUAUUUGCUACGCACACCCGAUCUCAGCCAUCUUCAGGCCAUGCUCCCACAAGUCCUGCAAAGCCUGCAUCAACCAGCACCUGAUGAACAACAAGGACUGCUUCUUCUGCAAGGCCACCAUCACAGGCGUGGAUGACUUCACCAAGCCAGGCAGCUCCUAGUGGGGGGGAUUGACCCUGCAGGCUGCUGAGGCUCCUUUCCCUCAGCCUCCAGAAGUGGGUUGCCCAGCUCUGGUUAGUUGUGGGCCCUUCCACAGCCCAGCCCCCUUGCUCACAAGCAUGAGGGACACCAGCAGAUGGUGGAGGUGCUGCUUUUGCCCUGUCUGAGCCAAGGCUGGGCUCAGUCUGUUCAACAGGUCGGGGGAGGCCUGAGCAGUAAGGGCUGAGGGGUGAUGCCUUUCCCCGGUGAGGCUAAUGCCAGCAUGUACCUACUGGAGUCUCAGCCAUGGCCUGCAGGAGCCUGGCUGACCUCAGGGUCUGUCCUGCUGCUGUUGCGAUUCGCUAUGGAGCGUUCGUUCAUAUGUGAGCCUGUGUGCUGCUGCGAUGGGCCACUGCCAGCUUCCCUUUGCUGGGGGUGGGGCACGCUUUGGCCCAAGCUCUGGGUACUAGGCAGCCAGACUGCGGAGAGCUACUGCUUCUGUGCUAAGCUAGACAGAGCAGAGGCUGUUCACAGCUGGCUUGGAGUAGGCCUGGGCCCUCGUGGUUGAGUUCUCUGAGGGGCAGUAAUUGGCUGGGGUCUGGUAGCCUGCAGUCCCCCAGCUUCAGCCUGGUGGGGGAGAAGUAUGUGGCACCUUGCCCUACAGCUGCAGGAGCAUGUGCUAGCUGGCAGCGGGGGUGGGGAUCCCUGCUGCUUGGUGCAGAAUCCUUGGCCUAGGUCUCUCAGCUGGGGGAGAGGCUAAUGCUUGAGCUCUGCUGCAGGUGGGGUGGGACUAGCAGUAGCGUGUGAUUUGUGACCAGCCCUGUGGGAUUGUUCUGUGUUGUGCAUCGGGUGCUGUUACCUGCCCCAGCUGGGGUCACUUCUCUGCACGAGAGCAUUAAAUUAUUCUUCCUUA